CCAAUUUUAAUUGACAUUCGUUUUUGACAGUUUUGUUUGUGUUUCCCACAUCGUCACUCUAUUUAUAAUUUAUUUCUAAAACUUACAAACUAUAAACUUAGGCUCAACAUCAUUAUAUCCUCAAGAAGGUGACUUAAAAAGAAACAUCUUUUCAUACACACUGACCACUAACUUUUGUGUAAUCCAAAAUUUGCUUUUCAUGGUGCUUACUUUGUCACAAGUUAGUGUAUUUUCUAUUGUAGUCUAACGACAGUGAGUUUGUCUAAAUAAGGCUCGCUGACCGCGUUCUACUUGGGUGCACGCCUUUGAAAACCACUUGGGCCUAUGCCCCGUGCGUUUACGUCACUAAAAUGGGUUUAAAUGGACGUUCACAACACAAAUAAGUAGACCUACAUGGUAACCAGGGGAAGAGGACCAGUACAAAAAUGGACACAGUACAAAAUAGAAUGGCUAUAAAUUCCCAACUCAAGACCAAAUCGUUUAGAGAUACAAUGAACAAUGACAUCCACUCAACUUCGAGUGACGAGCACAGCCCACCUCCACGUCAUCCUCAUAACGCAGACACCAUAUCACGAUUCAACUCAAUCUACUCUGCAAACUACAAUGAAUCAGCAGCAUCAGACAAUGAGAUACUCGAUGGACCUCAAAGGAUACCGCAGAAAAUCAUACGCAGAAACCAUCACAAGAGCAUGGGAAAUAUCAAUGACACAUCAUUUAUUGAAGAAGAAAGGAACUUGAACAGAGUACAAAAUAGCUUAAGUAAUCUAGACAUCACUCGCAAAGCAACCAAGAAGUAUGAAACAUUUCAAAUCCCCAUUGUAGGUUACGAAGUCAUGGAGGAACGGGCACGAUUCACCAUUUACAAGCUCAAAGUGGAAGACAAUAAACGGGACCACUCUUGGCUAGUAUUCCGUAGAUACACUGACUUUGUACGCCUUUACUCAAGACUGAAAUCGGAGCAGCUGAAUAUAACAUUACCUCUACCUGGAAAGCGAUGGUUCCGAGACAACUUUGACCCUCAAUUCUUAGAUGACAGAGUGAGAGGUCUGCAAGUCUUUGUUAAUGCAAUAGUGAAGAAGCUACCGAAUCAUCCCGUUGUCAGGGAGUUUUUCUGCUUGGACGAGCCACCGCAAGUGUACAGCUACCAACCUGAGGUCCAGGCCGUAUAUGGAGCACUCGAGGACUCAAUCAGCUCUCUUAAGCAACAGGUCAAGCAGAGAGACGCAACCAUCACGCAUUUGCAGACACAACUCGCUCGGUUGGAGGCCCAGGUGGCUGGUUGUUCAAACUGUAGUACAAAAAUUGGAGCUCAGUCAGUUUAAUUUAACUAAUAAGGUAAAUAUGGUUCAAAGUCUUAUAUCUUUAAAAUUAUAACCAACACGACAAACACAAAACAGGUUUCUAGAUGGUGUUAUGGUAUGUAUACCUAGAGAAAAUUAUACAAAAG